UAAUUUAAAUAGGUGGCCCGCCGAAGCCCGCGCAAUGGCAGGCGUGGGUUCCAGAUCUGAACUGCUGAACCUGCUGGGCGAUGUGAAAGCCCGAGUGCAGGAUAAGAUUGGCAUUGUCGACUUUCCAAUGCCUCAAUUCAUCCUGAUUGGAAAGCAGUCGGUGGGAAAGAGCCGCUUGAUCGAGGCACUUGCUGGAGAGACCUUCAACUUCAUCUCAGGAACCUUAGGCAGUCGAAGACCGACCAUCUUGGAAUUCCGCAACGUGGUUGGCUCCAAGAACUCCAGAUGGUUCGUGCGCGAUCGACAGACGGGUCAUUGGAACGAGCACGAGGUGAGCAAGGUCAUGCAACUGGUCGGAGAUGCACAUGAAGAGCUUGGUGAGACGGUGUCUCCUGAGCCCAUUUGCGUCCGAGUGCAGUCCCCUGCCUGCGUUGACAUGCAGAUUGUUGACCUGCCAGGGUUUCGAGACUUUGCGCUGGACCAAACCAAGCAGGAGCUCUGCACAAGGAUCGAGGAGCUUGUGAUGACCUUCAUGCGGGAUCCGCGCAAUGUGAUGCUUUGCGUGGAACAGUGUGGUGACGCUGCCACCAUGAGCACCUUGGGCAAGUGCCGCCAGAUCGAUCCCAAGUUUCAGAGGACCAUUUUGGUUCGCACCAAGCUGGAUAAAUACUACACUGACCUGACGAAAGAGAACGUGAAUCAGUGGGUGGACGGCUUUGGAGAUUUGCCGGAGAACUUGGUUCGGUUCGCCUUGACUCUGCCUUGGUGGCAGGAUGGCGAGCUUUGCCCAGCAGAGACUUUUGUGAAGAUGCGAGAUGACUUCAAUCAGAAGGAUCAAGCGGAGAUGAGGGAUCGACAACUGAAGAACGAGUACAUGCAGACCAUCGGCUUCCAAUCCUUCGGAGCCUACAUGGAAAAAAAGAUUGAACACAUGUUCGCAGAUGCCAUCAAUCCAGUGCUGGACAAGUUGAGGGAGCUGAAGACGAAGUACACCUCCAAAGAGCAGAGCCUUCAGACAGAGUUCGAAGAGACGGACCCUCACAGGAUUCUGAGCACCACCCGCGAGUGUGGCAUUUCCUUCGCCUCAGCGUUGCGUUCCGUCAUGGAGGGUAUUCCCAACUUGAAGACUGGGCGCAUGACGUUGGAGAAGGAACUGAAGGAAUUUCACGAGUAUCACAAGAAGUUGAGCUCGGAUCACUUCCAGAUGUUGCCAUCUGAAGACUUCAUGGGUCUGGAUGACUACAUUGAUUACUUGCAGAAUGACAUCCAGAUCGGCGCAUCGGAUGCAGAGGUCAAUGGUGGCGCCCAAUUCCGACGCGUCAUGGCUGAGGUCGAGAUUUUCCUUCGAUUUUCCGAGAUCGCUGUAGAGACCAAGAAGCGGGAUGUCAUUCAGGCACGUGGCGUCAGCAUGAGCUCUCUCACCUGGCGUGACGUUGUGGUGAAGCUUCUGAGCAACGAGGCACAUUUGCCCCUGCAACGUCGGGUGCAGUAUGUGGGCGAGCGCAUCAAGUGGUUCUUCCAAAUUCAGAAGGACUCGGUGAUUGACUUCAUGAGCAGUUUAGAAGGCAACCCUUCAGAGAAGAUGUACUCCAGCCUGCUGCCCAAGAACGUGAAGCUCAUCAAACAGAAUGAGAUGAUCAAACACCUGGUCUUCUCCACCUACGACCAGGCCUGCCAGAGACAGCUGAAUCAGUUCAUUGAGCUCUUCGACAACAUGCUGACGUCCACCUUUGCCAAUCCUUGGGUCUUCCUAAAAGGCGCCACCUACAAUGGCUAUGCCGAGGAUGGUGAUGCUGCUUUGCCAUCUUUGGACGAAACUAAGGACAGGAUUCCAAAGGAGAUUCAGAGCAGAUCCAGCAUCGAAAGCAAGCUUUCCGAAUGGCUCUUGGGCAUUCCGACUGACUCCCAUCAGAUCGAUGAGGCCGUGGAUAAGGUGCAGAUGUUGGUCCUGAAGACCUAUAGCUUCAUCCGAUCCCAGGUUUGUGACCAGGUGGAGCUGUUUGCAGAGUCCUUCUUCAAGCUGCCGAUGCUUCGAAGACUCGAAGAGGACAUGAAUCGCAUUGCUCUAUCUGAGCAGGACAAAGCCAACUACAAGGCACGUCGCGAGCGCUUGGAGGGCGAUGUGAUUAAGGUCAGAGAGAAUCUCAAGGAGGUCGCUGACUGCACCGAAAGGCUCCAGGCCUUCAAACUGAAGUGUCAAGCACAACGCUCGCGCUAGCGGAGUGGGCCCACGCAUCGCUUCUAUGCGGUGGUUUUAACCACCCAGGGGGGAGGACGUCGUCCUCACGUGUGCGCGGUGGGCGGUGCGUGCGAUGGUGGGCAAAUAGCCAUACAACAUCAUACAGCCACUGUUGCAACGCUUGUAAGGCGCAUCGAUUAUCGCUUGGUGUCACCCCGCAUGUUCAAAUUCAGUGACCCGGCGCCACUCCAGGAUGUCUAUCC